AUGGGUAUGCCACAAUGUACAGCUUUACGCGGAAAUCGAUAUAGUCUAAGAUAUCAACAUCUUGCACCGCCAUCAAAAGUGGCUAAAUUAAAUCGUCUUCGUUUCAUUGCUCAUAUACUAAAGAGAGCAGCAGAUCGCCUUGUUCAAGGGGUUUCGAGGAACCUGUCGGAUUCGAGCUGGAAGAGGCCACCUGGCCCAAAACGGAAGCUGUGGGCUGAGGUGGUGAAAGAGGAUCUGAGGACACUUGGUAUGGAUAGGCAGUUCAGGCGAGACAUAAAGUUUUGUCGAAUAUGGAAUAGCGUCGAAUGGAUUGAUUCCGUGCAAUCUCUUGCAGAAGAUUAA